ACCAGAGGGAGUUGGACCAGUAAAUCUCACCGUUUCAUCUCUCAGUCCUGGAACUGCAUACUCAUUCACUCUCUUAGCUGUAUUUAAGAACAGACGAAGUAGUGGAGAAAGCAUCAUUGCAGUCACUGCUCCUGUGAAUGCAGAAGAAUUCAGAUCAACAGGACAAAAUGAGACGAGCGUCACUCUGCAGUGGCUUCACAGCAACAGCAUGGUCAGCUACAUUGUCCAGUACGAUGGUACAGAGAAAAUCGUCAGUGCACCAGAGGGAGUUGGACCAGUAAAUCUCACAGUUUCAUCUCUCACUCCUGGAACUGCAUACUCAUUCACUCUCUUUACUGUAUUUGAGAACAUAAGAAGCAGGGGAGAAAGCAUCAUUGCAGUCACUGCUCCUGGGAAUCCAGAAGGCUUUAGAUCAACAGGACAAAAUGAGGCGAGCAUCAUUCUGCAGUGGCUUAACACAAACAGCACGGUCAGCUACAUUGUCCAGUACGAUGGUACAGAGAAAAUCGUCAGUGCACCAGAGGGAAUUGGACCAGUAAAUCUCACCGUUUCAUCUCUCAGUCCUGGAACUGCAUACUUAUUCACUCUCUUCACUGUAUUUGAGAACAUAAGAAGUAGAGGAGUAAGCAUCAUUGCAGUCACUGCUCCUUUGAAUGCAGAAGGCUUCAGAUCAACAGGACAAAAUGAGACGAGCGUCACUCUGCAGUGGCUUCACAGCAACAACACUUUCAGCUACAUUGUCCAGUACGAUGGUACAGAGAAAAACGUCAGUGCACCAGAGGGAGUUGGACCAGUAAAUCUCAUCAUUUCAUCUCUCAGUCCUGGAACUGCAUACUCAUUCACUCUCUUAGCUGUAUUUGAGAACAGACGAAGUAGUGCAGAAAGCAUCAUUGCAGUCACUGCUCCUCUGAAUGCAGAAGAAUUCAGAUCAACAGGACAAAAUGAGACGAGUGUCACUCUGCAGUGGCUUCACAGCAACAGCAUGGUCAGCUACAUUGUCCAGUACGAUGGUACAGAGAAAAUCGUCAGUGCACCAGAGGGAAUUGGACCAGUAAAUCUCACCGUUUCAUCUCUCAGUCCUGGAACUGCAUACUUAUACACUCUCUUUGCUGUAUUUGAGAACAUAAGAAGUAGUGGAGUAAGCAUCAUUGCAGUCACUGCUCCUCUGAAUGCAGAAGGUUUCAGAUCAACAGGACAAACUGAGACGAGCGUCACUCUGCAGUGGCUUCACAGCAACAGCAUGGACAGCUACACUGUCCAGUACGAUGGUACAGAGAAAAACGUCAGUGCACCAGAGGGAGUUGGACCAGUAAAUCUCACCGUUUCAUCUCUCAGUCCUGGAACUGCAUACUCAUUCACUCUCUUAGCUGUAUUUAAGAACAGACGAAGUAGUGGAGAAAGCAUCAUUGCAGUCACUGCUCCUGUGAAUGCAGAAGAAUUCAGAUCAACAGGACAAAAUGAGACGAGCGUCACUCUGCAGUGGCUUCACAGCAACAGCAUGGUCAGCUACAUUGUCCAGUACGAUGGUACAGAGAAAAUCGUCAGUGCACCAGAGGGAGUUGGACCAGUAAAUCUCACAGUUUCAUCUCUCACUCCUGGAACUGCAUACUCAUUCACUCUCUUUAUUGUAUUUGAGAACAUAAGAAGCAGGGGAGAAAGCAUCAUUGCAGUCACUGCUCCUCUGAAUGCAGAAGAAUUCAGAUCAACAGGACAAAAUGAGACGAGUGUCACUCUGCAGUGGCUUCACAGCAACAGCAUGGUCAGCUACAUUGUCCAGUACGAUGGUACAGAGAAAAUCGUCAGUGCACCAGAGGGAAUUGGACCAGUAAAUCUCACCGUUUCAUCUCUCAGUCCUGGAACUGCAUACUUAUACACUCUCUUUGCUGUAUUUGAGAACAUAAGAAGUAGUGGAGUAAGCAUCAUUGCAGUCACUGCUCCUCUGAAUGCAGAAGGCUUCAGAUCAACAGGACAAAAUGAGACGAGCGUCACUCUGCAGUGGCUUCACAGCAACAACACUUUCAGCUACAUUGUCCAGUACGAUGGUACAGAGAAAAACGUCAGUGCACCAGAGGGAGUUGGACCAGUAAAUCUCAUCAUUUCAUCUCUCAGUCCUGGAACUGCAUACUCAUUCACUCUCUUAGCUGUAUUUGAGAACAGACGAAGUAGUGCAGAAAGCAUCAUUGCAGUCACUGCUCCUCUGAAUGCAGAAGAAUUCAGAUCAACAGGACAAAAUGAGACGAGCGUCACUCUGCAGUGGCUUCACAGCAACAGCAUGGUCAGCUACAUUGUCCAGUACGAUGGUACAGAGAAAAUCGUCAGUGCACCAGAGGGAAUUGGACCAGUAAAUCUCACCGUUUCAUCUCUCAGUCCUGGAACUGCAUACGUAUUCACUCUCUUUGCUGUAUUUGAGAACAUAAGUAGUAGUGGAGUAAGCAUCAUUGCAAUCACUGCUCCUGUGAAUGCAGAAGAAUUCAGAUCAACAGGACAAAAUGAGACGAGCGUCACUCUGCAGUGGCUUCACAGCAACAGCAUGGUCAGCUACAUUGUCCAGUACGAUGGUACAGAGAAAAUCGUCAGUGCACCAGAGGGAGUUGGACCAGUAAAUCUCACAGUUUCAUCUCUCACUCCUGGAACUGCAUACUCAUUCACUCUCUUUACUGUAUUUGAGAACAUAAGAAGCAGGGGAGAAAGCAUCAUUGCAGUCACUGCUCCUGGGAAUCCAGAAGGCUUUAGAUCAACAGGACAAAAUGAGGCGAGCAUCAUUCUGCAGUGGCUUAACACAAACAGCACGGUCAGCUACAUUGUCCAGUACGAUGGUACAGAGAAAAUCGUCAGUGCACCAGAGGGAAUUGGACCAGUAAAUCUCACCGUUUCAUCUCUCAGUCCUGGAACUGCAUACUUAUUCACUCUCUUCACUGUAUUUGAGAACAUAAGAAGUAGAGGAGUAAGCAUCAUUGCAGUCACUGCUCCUUUGAAUGCAGAAGGCUUCAGAUCAACAGGACAAAAUGAGACGAGCGUCACUCUGCAGUGGCUUCACAGCAACAACACUUUCAGCUACAUUGUCCAGUACGAUGGUACAGAGAAAAACGUCAGUGCACCAGAGGGAGUUGGACCAGUAAAUCUCAUCAUUUCAUCUCUCAGUCCUGGAACUGCAUACUCAUUCACUCUCUUAGCUGUAUUUGAGAACAGACGAAGUAGUGCAGAAAGCAUCAUUGCAGUCACUGCUCCUCUGAAUGCAGAAGAAUUCAGAUCAACAGGACAAAAUGAGACGAGCGUCACUCUGCAGUGGCUUCACAGCAACAGCAUGGUCAGCUACAUUGUCCAGUACGAUGGUACAGAGAAAAUCGUCAGUGCACCAGAGGGAAUUGGACCAGUAAAUCUCACCGUUUCAUCUCUCAGUUCUGGAACUGCAUACGUAUUCACUCUCUUUGCUGUAUUUGAGAACAUAAGUAGUAGUGGAGUAAGCAUCAUUGCAAUCACUGCUCCUCUGAAUGCAGAAGGCUUCAGAUCAACAGGACAAAAUGAGACGAGCAUCACUCUGCAGUGGCUUCACAGCAACAGCACGGUCAGCUAUAUUGUCCAGUACGAUGGUACAGAGAAAAUUGUCAGUGCACCAGAGGGAGUUGGACCAGUAAAUCUCACAGUUUCAUCUCUCACUCCUGGAACUGCAUACUCAUUCACUCUCUUUACUGUAUUUGAGAACAUAAGAAGCAGGGGAGAAAGCAUCAUUACAGUCACUGCUCCUGGGAAUCCAGAAGGCUUUAGAUCAACAGGACAAAAUGAGACGAGCAUCAUUCUGCAGUGGCUUAACACAAACAGCACGGUCAGCUACAUUGUCCAGUAUGAUGGUACAGAGAAAAUCGUCAGUGCACCAGAGGGAAUUGGACCAGUAAAUCUCACCGUUUCAUCUCUCAGUCCUGGAACUGCAUACUUAUUCACUCUCUUCACUGUAUUUGAGAACAUAAGAAGUAGAGGAGUAAGCAUCAUUGCAGUCACUGCUCCUCUGAAUGCAGAAGAAUUCAGAUCAACAGGACAAAAUGAGACGAGUGUCACUCUGCAGUGGCUUCACAGCAACAGCAUGGUCAGCUACAUUGUCCAGUACGAUGGUACAGAGAAAAUCGUCAGUGCACCAGAGGGAAUUGGACCAGUAAAUCUCACAGUUUCAUCUCUCAGUCCUGGAACUGCAUACUUAUACACUCUCUUUGCUGUAUUUGAGAACAUAAGAAGUAGUGGAGUAAGCAUCAUUGCAGUCACUGCUCCUCUGAAUGCAGAAGGCUUCAGAUCAACAGGACAAAAUGAGACGAGCGUCACUCUGCAGUGGCUUCACAGCAACAACACUUUCAGCUACAUUGUCCAGUACGAUGGUACAGAGAAAAACGUCAGUGCACCAGAGGGAGUUGGACCAGUAAAUCUCAUCAUUUCAUCUCUCAGUCCUGGAACUGCAUACUCAUUCACUCUCUUAGCUGUAUUUGAGAACAGACGAAGUAGUGCAGAAAGCAUCAUUGCAGUCACUGCUCCUCUGAAUGCAGAAGAAUUCAGAUCAACAGGACAAAAUGAGACGAGCGUCACUCUGCAGUGGCUUCACAGCAACAGCAUGGUCAGCUACAUUGUCCAGUACGAUGGUACAGAGAAAAUCGUCAGUGCACCAGAGGGAAUUGGACCAGUAAAUCUCACCGUUUCAUCUCUCAGUCCUGGAACUGCAUACGUAUUCACUCUCUUUGCUGUAUUUGAGAACAUAAGUAGUAGUGGAGUAAGCAUCAUUGCAAUCACUGCUCCUCUGAAUGCAGAAGGCUUCAGAUCAACAGGACAAAAUGAGACGAGCAUCACUCUGCAGUGGCUUCACAGCAACAGCACGGUCAGCUAUAUUGUCCAGUACGAUGGUACAGAGAAAAUUGUCAGUGCACCAGAGGGAGUUGGACCAGUAAAUCUCACAGUUUCAUCUCUCACUCCUGGAACUGCAUACUCAUUCAGUCUCUUUACUGUAUUUGAGAACAUAAGAAGCAGGGGAGAAAGCAUCAUUACAGUCACUGCUCCUCUGAAUGCAGAAGGCUUCAGAUCAACAGGACAAACUGAGACGAGCGUCACUCUGCAGUGGCUUCACAGCAACAGCACGGACAGCUACACUGUCCAGUACGAUGGUACAGAGAAAAACGUCAGUGCACCAGAGGGAGUUGGACCAGUAAAUCUCACCGUUUCAUCUCUCAGUCCUGGAACUGCAUACUCAUUCACUCUCUUAGCUGUAUUUAAGAACAGACAAAGUAGUGGAGAAAGCAUCAUUGCAGUCACUGCUCCUGUGAAUGCAGAAGAAUUCAGAUCAACAGGACAAAAUGAGACGAGCGUCACUCUGCAGUGGCUUCACAGCAACAGCAUGGUCAGCUACAUUGUCCAGUACGAUGGUACAGAGAAAAUCGUCAGUGCACCAGAGGGAGUUGGACCAGUAAAUCUCACAGUUUCAUCUCUCACUCCUGGAACUGCAUACUCAUUCACUCUCUUUACUGUAUUUGAGAACAUAAGAAGCAGGGGAGAAAGCAUCAUUGCAGUCACUGCUCCUGGGAAUCCAGAAGGCUUUAGAUCAACAGGACAAAAUGAGGCGAGCAUCAUUCUGCAGUGGCUUAACACAAACAGCAUGGUCAGCUACAUUGUCCAGUACGAUGGUACAGAGAAAAUCGUCAGUGCACCAGAGGGAAUUGGACCAGUAAAUCUCACCGUUUCAUCUCUCAGUCCUGGAACUGCAUACUUAUUCACUCUCUUCACUGUAUUUGAGAACAUAAGAAGUAGAGGAGUAAGCAUCAUUGCAGUCACUGCUCCUCUGAAUGCAGAAGGCUUCAGAUCAACAGGACAAAAUGAGACCAGCAUCACUCUGCAGUGGCUUCACACAAACAUCACAGUCAACUACAUUGUCCAGUACGAUGGUACAGAGAAAAGCGUCAGUGCACCAGAGGGAGUUGGACCAGUAAAUCUCACAGUUUCAUCUCUCACUCCUGGAACUGCAUACUCAUUCACUCUCUUCACUGUAUUUAAGAACAUAAGAAGCAGGGGACAAAGCAUCAUUGCAGUCACUGCUCCUCUGAAUGCAGAAGAAUUCAGAUCAACAGGACAAAAUGAGACGAGCGUCACUCUGCAGUGGCUUCACAGCAACAGCAUGGUCAGCUACAUUGUCCAGUACGAUGGUACAGAGAAAAUCGUCAGUGCACCAGAGGGAAUUGGACCAGUAAAUCUCACCGUUUCAUCUCUCAGUCCUGGAACUGCAUACGUAUUCACUCUCUUUGCUGUAUUUGAGAACAUAAGUAGUAGUGGAGUAAGCAUCAUUGCAAUCACUGCUCCUCUGAAUGCAGAAGGCUUCAGAUCAACAAGACAAAAUGAGACGAGCAUCACUCUGCAGUGGCUUCACACAAACAGCACGGUCAGCUUCAUUGUCCAGUAUGAUGGUACAGAGAAAAACGUCAGUGCACCAGACGGAGUUGGACCAGUAAAUCUCACCGUUUCAUCUCUCACUCCUGGAACUGCAUACUCAUUCACUCUCUUUACUGUAUUUGAGAACAUAAGAAGCAGGGGCGAAAGCAUCAUUGCAGUCACUGCUCCUGGGGAUCUACAAGGCUUCAGACCAAAAGGACAAAAUGAGAUGAGCAUCACUCUGCAGUGGCUUCACACGAAUGGCUUGGUCAGCUAUAUUGUCCAGUACGAUGGUACAGAGAAAAAUGUCAGCGCACCAGAGGGAUUUGGACCAGUAAAUCUCACUGUUUCAUCUCUCAGUCCUGGAACUGCAUACUUAUUCACUCUCUUUACUGUAUUUGAGAACAUAAGAAUCGGUGGAGUCAGCAUCAUUGCAGUCACUGCUCCUCUGAAUGCAGAAGGCUUCAGAUCAACAGGACAAAAUGAGACGAGCAUCACUCUGCAGUGGUUUAACACAAACAGCACCGUCAGCUAUAUUGUCCAGUACGAUGGUACAGAGAAAAACGUCAGUGCACCAGAUGUAGUUGGACCAGUAAAUCUCACUAUUUCAUCUCUCAGUCCUGGAACUCCAUACUCAUUCACUCUCUUUACUGUAUUUGAGAAUAUCAGAAGCAGUGGAGUGAGCAUCAUCGCAGUCACUGAUUUCAGAUUAAUCAGACAAAAUGAGACCAGCAUCACACUGCAGUGGUGUCUCAUAAACAAACCUGUCACCUAUGUUGUCCAGUACGAUGGUAGACAGAGGACCAUAAUUUUAUCAGGCGGAACUGGACUCAUAAAUGUCACAAUUUCAGCUCUCACUCCUGAGACUAAAUACUCAUUCACUCUCUGUACUGUAUUUGAGAACAUCAAAAGCUGUGGACGAAGUAUUACUGCAGUGACUGUGCCUCUGAAUGCAGAAGACUUCAGAUCAGUUGGACAAAAUGAGACCAGCAUCACUCUGCAGUGGCUUAACAGAAACAGAACUGUCAGCUACAUAAUCCAGUACGAUGGUUCAGAGAAAAACAUAAAUGUACCAGAUGGAACUGGACCUAUAAUUCUCACAGUUCCAUCUCUCACUCCUGAGAAUAAAUACUCAUUCACGAUCUUUGCUGUGUUUGAGAACAUCAGAAGCAGUGGAGUAAACAUCACUGCAAUCACAGCUCCUCUGAAUGCAGAAGGCUUCAGAUCAACACGAGAAAAUGAGACCAGCAUCACUCUGCAGUGGCUUCACACAAAAAGAACUGUCAGCUAUAUUGUCCAGUAUGAUGGGAUGGAGAAAAAUGUCAGUGCACCAGAUGAAACUGGACCAGUAAAUCUCACUAUUUCAUCUCUCCGUCCUGGGACUAAAUACUCAAUCACCCUCUUCACUGUGUCUGAGAAUAUCAGAAGCAGUGGAACAAGCAUUACUGCAGUUACUGUUCCUCUGAAUCCAGAAGACUUCAGAUCAAUUGGACAAAAUGACACCAGCAUCACUCUGCAGUGGCUUCACACAAACAGAAAUGUCAGCUACAUCAUCCAGUACGAUGGUUCAGAAAAAAACAUAAAUGUAACAGAUGGAACUGGACCCAUAACUCUCACAGUUCCAUCUCUCAGUCCUGAGACUAAAUACUCAUUCACUGUCUUUGCUGUGUUUGAAAACAUCAGCAGCAGUGGAGUAAGCAUCACUGCAAUCACAGCUCCUCUGAAUGCAGAAGGCUUCAGAUCAACACGAGAAAAUGAAACCAGCAUCACUCUGCAGUGGCUUCACACAAAAAGAACUGUCAGCUAUAUUGUUCAGUAUGAUGGGACAGAGAAAAACAUCAGUGCACGAGAUGGAACUGGACCACUAAAUCUCACCGUUUCAUCUCUCCGUCCUGGGACUAAAUACUCAAUCACCCUCUUCACUGUGUCUGAGAACAUCAGAAGCAGUGGAACAAGCAUUACUGUAGUCACCACUCCUCUAAAUCCAGAAGGCUUCAGAUCAAGAGGACAGAAUGAGACGAGCAUCACUCUGCAGUGGCUUCACACAAACGGCACUGUCAACUACAUUGUCCAGUAUGAUGGUACAGAGAAAAACAUCAGUGCACCAGAGGGAGUUGAACCAGUAAAUCUCACCGUUUCAUCUCUCAGUCCUGGAACUGCAUACUUAUUCACUCUCUUCACUGUAUUUGAGAACAUAAGAAGCAGAGGAGAAAGCAUCAUUGCAGUCACUGCUCCUGUAAAUCCAAAAGGCUUUAGAUCAACUGGACAAAAUGAGACGAGCAUCACUCUGCAGUGGCUUCACAGCAACAGCACGGUCAGCUAUAUUGUCCAGUACGACGGUACAGAGAAAAACGUUAGUGCACCAGAGGGAGUUGGACCAGUAAAUCUCACAGUUUCAUCUCUCAGUCCUGGAACUGCAUACUUAUUCACUCUCUUAGCUGUAUUUGAGAACAGACGAAGUAGUGGAGAAAGCAUCAUUGCAGUCACUGCUCUAAAUGCAGAUUUCAGAUCAAUCAGACAAAAUGAGACGAGCAUCACUCUGCAGUGGCUUAACACAAACAGCACGGUCAGCUACAUUGUCCAGUACGAUGGUACAGAGAAAAAUGUCAGUGCACCAGAGGGAAUUGGACCAGUAAAUCUCACCAUUUCAUCUCUCAGUCCUGGAACUGCAUACUCAUUCACUCUCUUCGCUGUAUUUGAGAACAUAAGAAGCAAGGGAGUGAGCAUCAUCGCAGUCACUGCUCCUCUGAAUGCAGAAGGCUUCAGAUUAACAGGACAAAAUGAGACGAGCAUCACUCUGCAGUGGCUUCACACAAACAGCAUGGUCAGCUAUAUUGUCCAGUACGAUGGUACAGAGAAAAACGUCAGUGCACCAGAGGGAAUUGGACCAGUAAAUCUCACAGUUUCAUCUCUCACUCCUGGAACUGCAUACUCAUUCACUCUCUUUACUGUAUUUGAGAACAUAAGAAGCAGGGGAGAAAGCAUCAUUGCAGUCACUGCUCCUGGGAAUCCAGAAGGCUUUAGAUCAAUAGGACAAAAUGAGACGAGCAUCACUCUGCAGUGGCAUAACACAAACAGCACAGUCAGCUAUAUUGUCCAGUACGAUGGUACAGAGAAAAUCGUCAGUGGACCAGAGGGAGUUGGACCAGUAAAUCUCACCAUUUCAGCUCUCAGUCCUGGAACUGCAUACUUAUUCACUCUCUUUGCUGUAUUUGAGAACAUAAGAAGCAGUGGAGUCAGCAUCAUCGCAGUCACUGCUCUAAAUGCAGAUUUCAGAUCAGUCAGACAAAAUGAGACGAGCAUCACUCUGCAGUGGCUUAACACAAACAGCACGGUCAGCUACAUUGUCCAGUACGAUGGUACAGAGAAAAAUGUCAGUGCACCAGAGGGAAUUGGACCAGUAAAUCUCACCAUUUCAUCUCUUAGUCCUGGAACUGCAUACUUUUUGACUCUCUUCGCUGUAUUUGAGAACAUAAGAAGCAAGGGAGUGAGCAUCAUCGCAGUCACUGCUCCUCUGAAUGCAGAAGGCUUCAGAUUAACAGGACAAAAUGAGACGAGCAUCACUCUGCAGUGGCUUCACACAAACAGCAUGGUCAGCUAUAUUGUCCAGUACGAUGGUACAGAGAAAAACGUCAGUGCACCAGAGGGAGUUGGACCAGUAAAUCUCACAGUUUCAUCUCUCACUCCUGGAACUGCAUACUCAUUCACUCUCUUUACUGUAUUUGAGAACAUAAGAAGCAGGGGAGAAAGCAUCAUUGCAGUCACUGCUCCUGGGAAUCCAGAAGGCUUUAGAUCAAUAGGACAAAAUGAGACGAGCAUCACUCUGCAGUGGCAUAACACAAACAGCACAGUCAGCUAUAUUGUCCAGUACGAUGGUACAGAGAAAAUCGUCAGUGGACCAGAGGGAGUUGGACCAGUAAAUCUCACCAUUUCAGCUCUCAGUCCUGGAACUGCAUACUUAUUCACUCUCUUUACUGUAUUUGAGAACAUAAGAAGCAGAGGAGAAAGCAUCAUUGCAAUCACUGCUCUAAAUGCAGAUUUCAGAUCAAUCGGACAAAAUGAGACCAGCAUCACUCUGCAGUGGCUUAACACAAACAGCACGGUCAGCUACAUUGUCCAAUACGAUGGUACAGAGAAAAAUGUCAGUGCACCAGAAGGAAUUGGAGCAGUAAAUCUCACCAUUUCAUCUCUCAGUCCUGGAACUGCAUACUUAUUCACUCUCUUUGCUGUAUUUGAGAACAUAAGAAGCAAGGGAGUGAGCAUCAUCGCAGUCACUGCUCCUGGGAAUCCAGAAGGCUUUAGAUCAAUAGGACAAAAUGAAACGAGCAUCACUCUGCAGUGGCAUAACACAAACAGCACAGUCAGCUAUAUUGUCCAGUACGAUGGUACAGAGAAAAUCAUCAGUGGACCAGAGGGAGUUGGACCAGUAAAUCUCACCAUUUCAGCUCUCAGUCCUGGAACUGCAUACUUAUUCACUCUGUUCGCUGUAUUUGAGAACAUAAGAAGCAGGGGAGUCAGCAUCAUCGCAGUCACUGCUCUAAAUGCAGAUUUCAGAUCAAUCAGACAAAAUGAGACGAGCAUCACUCUGCAGUGGCUUAACACAAACAGCACGGUCAGCUACAUUGUCCAGUACGAUGGUACAGAGAAAAAUGUCAGUGCACCAGAGGGAAUUGGACCAGUAAAUCACACCAUUUCAUCUCUCAGUCCUGGAACUGCAUACUCAUUCACUCUCUUCGCUGUAUUUGAGAACAUAAGAAGCAAGGGAGUGAGCAUCAUCGCAGUCACUGCUCCUCUGAAUGCAGAAGGCUUCAGAUUAACAGGACAAAAUGAGACGAGCAUCACUCUGCAGUGGCUUCACACAAACAGCAUGGUCAGCUAUAUUGUCCAGUACGAUGGUACAGAGAAAAACGUCAGUGCACCAGAGGGAAUUGGACCAGUAAAUCUCACAGUUUCAUCUCUCACUCCUGGAACUGCAUACUCAUUCACUCUCUUUACUGUAUUUGAGAACAUAAGAAGCAGGGGAGAAAGCAUCAUUGCAGUCACUGCUCCUGGGAAUCCAGAAGGCUUUAGAUCAAUAAGACAAAAUGAGACGAGCAUCACUCUGCAGUGGCAUAACACAAACAGCACAGUCAGCUAUAUUGUCCAGUACGAUGGUACAGAGAAAAUCGUCAGUGGACCAGAGGGAGUUGGACCAGUAAAUCUCACCAUUUCAGCUCUCAGUCCUGGAACUGCAUACUUAUUCACUCUCUUUGCUGUAUUUGAGAACAUAAGAAGCAGUGGAGUCAGCAUCAUCGCAGUCACUGCUCUAAAUGCAGAUUUCAGAUCAAUCAGACAAAAUGAGACGAGCAUCACUCUGCAGUGGCUUAACACAAACAGCACGGUCAGCUACAUUGUCCAGUACGAUGGUACAGAGAAAAAUGUCAGUGCACCAGAGGGAAUUGGACCAGUAAAUCUCACCAUUUCAUCUCUCAGUCCUGGAACUGCAUACUUUUUGACUCUCUUCGCUGUAUUUGAGAACAUAAGAAGCAAGGGAGUGAGCAUCAUCGCAGUCACUGCUCCUCUGAAUGCAGAAGGCUUCAGAUUAACAGGACAAAAUGAGACGAGCAUCACUCUGCAGUGGCUUCACACAAACAGCAUGGUCAGCUAUAUUGUCCAGUACGAUGGUACAGAGAAAAUUGUCAGUGCACCAGAGGGAGUUGGACCAGUAAAUCUCACAGUUUCAUCUCUCACUCCUGGAACUGCAUACUCAUUCACUCUCUUUACUGUAUUUGAGAACAUAAGAAGCAGAGGAGAAAGCAUCAUUGCAAUCACUGCUCUAAAUGCAGAUUUCAGAUCAAUCGGACAAAAUGAGACCAGCAUCACUCUGCAGUGGCUUAACACAAACAGCACGGUCAGCUACAUUGUCCAAUACGAUGGUACAGAGAAAAAUGUCAGUGCACCAGAGGGAAUUGGAGCAGUAAAUCUCACCAUUUCAUCUCUCAGUCCUGGAACUGCAUACUUAUUCACUCUCUUUGCUGUAUUUGAGAACAUAAGAAGCAAGGGAGUGAGCAUCAUCGCAGUCACUGCUCCUCUGAAUGCAGAAGGCUUCAGAUCAACAGGACAAAAUGAGACGAGCAUCACUCUGCAGUGGCUUCACACAAACAGCAGGGUCAGCUAUAUUGUCCAGUACGAUGGUACAGAGAAAAACGUUAGUGCACCAGAGGGAGUUGGACCAGUAAACCUCACAGUUUCAUCUCUCACUCCUGGAACUGCAUACUCAUUCACUCUCUUUACUGUAUUUGAGAACAUAAGAAGCAGGGGAGAAAGCAUCAUUGCAGUCACUGCUCUAAAUGCAGAUUUCAAAUCAAUCGGACAAAAUGAGACCAGCAUCACUCUGCAGUGGCUUAACACAAAUGGCAUGGUCAGCUACAUUGUCCAGUACGAUGGUACAGAGAAAAAUGUCAGUGCACCAGAGGGAAUUGGACCAGUAAAUCUCACCAUUUCAUCUCUCAGUCCUGGAACUGCAUACUUUUUGACUCUCUUCGCUGUAUUUGAGAACAUAAGAAGCAAGGGAGUGAGCAUCAUCGCAGUCACUGCUCCUCUGAAUGCAGAAGGCUUCAGAUUAACAGGACAAAAUGAGACGAGCAUCACUCUGCAGUGGCUUCACAGAAACAGCACGGUCAGCUAUAUUGUCCAUUUCGAUGGUACAGAGAAAAACGUCCGUGCACCAGAGGGAGUUGGACCAGUAAAUCUCACAGUUUCAUCUCUCACUCCUGGAACUGCAUACUCAUUCACUCUCUUUACUGUAUUUGAGAACAUAAGAAGCAGGGGAGAAAGCAUCAUUGCAAUCACUGCUCCUCUGAAUCCAGAAGGCUUCAGAUCAACAGGACAAAAUGAGACCAGCGUCACACUCCAGUGGCUUCACACAAACAGAAAUGUCACCUAUAUUGUCCAGUAUGAUGGGACAGAGAGAGACGUCAGUGCACCAAAGGGAAUUGGACUACUAAAUCUCACCAUUUCAUCUCUCAGUCCUGGAACAAAAUACUUAUUCAUUUUAUUCAGUGUUUUUGGGAGCACCCGAAGUAAUGGCGUAAACAUUGCCGCAGUUACUGCUCCACUGAAUGCAGAUGGCUUCAGAUUGACAGGACAAAAUGAAACAAGCAUCACUUUGCAGUGGAUCCACACAAACAGAAAUGUCACCUAUAUUGUCCACUAUUACGCUUCAGAGACAAACAUAAUUGUACCAGAUGGACCUGGACUCAUAACUCUCACAGUUCCAUCUCUCAAUCCUGAGACUAAAUACUCAUUCACUCUGUUCACUGUGUUUGAGAAAAUCAAAAGCAGUGGACAAAGUAUUACUGCAGUGACUGCUCCUCUGACUCCAGAAGGCUUCAGGUCAACAGGCCAAAAUGAGACCAGCAUCACUCUGCAGUGGCUUCACACAAACAGAAAUGUCACCUAUAUUGUCCAGUAUGAUGGCACUGAGAUAAACAUCAGGGCACCAGACGAAACCGGACCAGUAAAUCUCACUGUUUCACAUCUGAGUCCUGGAACUACACACUCAUUCACCCUCUUCAGUGUGUUUGAGAACAUCAGAAGCAGUGGAGUAAACAUCACUGCACUCACUGCUCCCGUAAAUCCACAAAACUUUAUAAUGCUUCAGCGAAAUGACACCAGCAUCACCCUGCAGUGGGAAAAAAGCCACGGGGCCACGACCUUUCUCCUCCAGUAUGGUGAUAUCAAGACAAAGAUCAGAGCACCCGAUGGAGCUGGAUCUGUAAAUAUCUCAGUUUCUGAGCUCGCUCCUUCAACCGAAUACACAUUCACUCUCUACACGCUCUUUGGGAAUCUCAGCAGCAGUGGAGUCACCCUCACUACAAAAACUGCAUCUUCAGAAAUGCAUGUCAUUGCUCUGCGUAUCAACCUGAAGACAUUCCAUCACGUCUCAAAUUCAGACAUCCAGUUUUUGGUCAAGGAGUUCUUAAGACGGUAUGGCUUGUCACAGCUGGUGUUGCUGAAGGUUGAGUCUGUUAAGACUGAAGACUAGAUGAUCACAGACGGGGUAAAAUGGAACCAGAGACUGAAGGUGCAAUGACAAAAUGUUCUUUUUCUAUGGUCACUAUUGAAUAGUUUUACUUGAAAUAUGUU